CACCAGCCUGCACACCCACCCCGUCCAGACAGCAGUGGCGCUAUGGCAGCCAGCGAGCUGCUUGAAGAGGCGCGGCAGGGUCUGGACGAAGGGCGGCCAGAGGUCUUUCAGAAGGCCUCUGAAGCCUUUGAGCUCUUCCAACGAGGCCAAGAUGAUGCUAGGGCCAAUGAUGCCUUGCGCGUGAUGAUCAGUUUUCAGCAUCACCAAGCCGCGGUGAAAGAGAGGCGGAAACCGGUGGAGGCUCUCCAGCUGGUCGAGGAGCACUUGGCAAGCGCCCGUGCAAGCGGCAAUCGUGCCAGGGAGGCGUGUGUGCUUCUCUCCCUAGCAGAAAUCAACAUGGACCGCCGGGGGCAGAAGAAACGACAAGAGGCACUGGAGGUAUGCUUGCAAGCCUUGCGCAUUUUCCAGGAGUUGCAGGAUCCCCACGAGGCUUUGGCCCAGCUGAUCCUCACGAAUCUCUACUUCAAGCUCGAACGCCCGGACAAGGCUCAACAGGCGGCGGCCAUGGCCGUGGAGCUUGCCGGGCUCACGGCGGAGCCGGUGCUUCGUGCCAAGGCACUCCAUGCGGGUGCGCUGGCACUGGCAGCACAGCACCGCUACGCGGACGCAGCACAGCAGGCGCUGGAGGCACGUGGGAUCUUCCAUGAGGAGGGGAACGUCAAGAUGGAGGCAGCCCAAUUGGUCUCCGUGGCACAGUGGUCCCUGAAGGCAUCCAAGCCCUUCCAGGCGCUCGGCGCAGCGGAAGAGGCACUGAAGAUCUUUCGCGGCCUCCGCUACGGCAAAGGUUGGCAGGUCCGUGCGCUGGGCUUCCUGUGCGAGGCGCUGGUGGAGCUGAAGCAAGCGCCAAAGGCUGCCAAGCUGGCGAAGGAACUCGAAGCUGAGUUUCAGCAGGCCGGGGACUGGAGCUCAGCGGCUGAAGCCGCGGAGUUGCAGAGCUAUGCAUGGGCCAACACGGAGAAGCCUGAGAGGGCCAUGGAGCCCUUGGAAGCGGCGCGUGAGGCAGCGCAGGACCAGAAGGGCUGGGCCGUACGGAUCCUCCAGGGCCAGGCCGUGGCCUUCCUGCACGCGGGCGAGCACGGCGAGGCCCUUCGGAAGCUCCGACGCGCGUGUGCUGCGGCGCAUGCGGAGGGCGACGUGCGGCAGGAGCUGACGACGCUGCGGCAGAUCUUUCGGGUGACCUUCGACCGAGGGGACUUCGAGGCAGCCUUGCAGGCUGCCGAAGAUUCCUGGCAGAUCUGUCAUGCCGCCGGCGAUUCCAAGGGCGAGGUCCGCUCGGCGCUGCGCUGGGCGGCGGCGGCCGCCAACGCGCGGACGCUGGCGGAGGCUGUGGCGAAGGUCAAAGAUGCACAGGAGACGAGCGUCGCGUCGGAGGACCGUGUCGGGGAGGCGCAGGCGUUGAAGCUUUUGUCCGAGCUGCGGAAGUUGGAAGGCGACCUGGAUGCCGCCCUCCAAGCUGCAGAGGAGUGCUUGAGCCUGGUGAGGGGCUUGGGGGAUCUUCUGUGGGAGGCGGAGCUCUUGCACAUCUUGGCCCAGCUGAACCUGGCAGAUGGUCAUCCAGAGGAAGCAGCUCAGGUCGCUGCCGACGGCUGCCAGCUGUGCCGCACCUCUGGGGACCGACCGAGGCUGGUGCAGCUGCUGCUGCUGGCGGUGGAGGUCGCCCUGAAGGACGACGGUGAUGGUCUCGGACAACGCCGCCAAGUGUUGCGGUGGUCGGGGGAGGCGCUGGCUGUGGCUGGAAAGCUUGGGGAUCGAGGUCUGCGGACCCUGGCGCUCUACUGGCGUGCGCAGGUCCUGGGGGUGUUGGGGCGGCCCGAAGCAGGGCUGAGCUUGGCCAGAGAGGCCCUGGAGCUGUGCAUGAAGCUGAAGCACCAGCAAGGGGAGCCACGAUGUUGGCUCUUGAUUGCUCAGCUCCACCUGGCCAAUGGCGCCAAGGAUGAAGCGCUUCGGGCAGCUGAGAGUGCACAAGCGGUGGCCAUGCGGAUGAGAGACCUGGAGGCGGAGGAGGAGGCGAAUCAGUUCAUUGACUCAGCGACCCGGAAGAAGGACGAGCCACCACCGGAGCCCACCGCUGCGCCCGCACCGGCGCCCGCGGCCGCGCCAUCCGCGGCGCCGUCCGCGGCGCCGUCCGAGGGCAGUGCAUCAAAGGGGUUAGAUCCGGAGCAGCUGGGCAAACAGCUGAUGAACAUGGUCAAGGAGUUGACGGCCUCGGCCGAGGAGGUGGAGUUGGACACCGCCUUCGUGGAUGCCGGGAUGGAUAGCUUGUCAGGGGUCUCUUUGGUCUCCAUGCUGAACCGAGAUUUUCAGGUGGCCCUGACGCCCUCCGUGGUCUUCGACUAUCCGACCGUCCGCAUGCUGCAGGACUACUUGAUCCAAGAAAGCCAAGGAUGAAAAAGAAGAGUGUUUGUUGGGCAUCAGGAUGGGUACCAUCGGCAUCCAUCGGCAACCACGCAAGAUGUUAUGGUGGGGUGUGGUACUCUGACCAGUUCUUGCCUCAGUUCGGGGCCUUAGCCACUUUUUGGCAGCUCGUGGCCCCGUCUUGAGGCAGAUCGACAGGCGAGAACCACAAAGAAUUUGUUCAGUCUCGAGAUCUUUGGGCUUUCUUUAGAUUUUUCAGUCUCCGGAUCUCCAGAUCUCCAGUUUCAGUCUCCAAAACCACAGACAAAUGGUUCAGAACCACAAAGCCAAACUUUUGUUGCUUUCUGAGCGUUCGAGUUGGUCACUCGCACCUUUCAAGUUGGCAAAGGCUCCGUUCAAGAGCCAAACGAACACCGUUUUUUCCAAAAAAGAGCCACCUCAUCCACCAACCCAUGUGUUUUUUUCUUUUUUGGAGGGUUUCUUUUUGGAAAGGACAGGAAGGAUGAAGAAUCCGUUUCACAGACUUGGCCCCCCUGAGGGCCCGAGGCCAAGUUUCGUGGCGUCACGCGU